UUAAUUUAUACUAAAUGAACGCUAUUUUUUUAAAUAAAAUAAAUAAAUGAAAGAAUUAAACCGAGCGCACUGCAUUGUUGUUCCGCCGCGCGCGCAUCUACCUCUCUGUCUCUGUUAUUAUGGGCAGAGCUGCGCGUCUCCGUCCAGAGGAGGGGGAAGAGAUACUCAGUCUGUGUGAAAAACAGCUGUGACUGGGCUCCGACCAUGUAAUAUCCCGCCUGUGCGUUCUAGUAUUGUGCUCAUCCGCCGCCAUGGAUCCAGAGAAAACCCUGACUUUCUGCCUCGGGCUGCAGGCAGAGGAGAUGACAAUGUCCUUGCAGGGGCUGGUUGCACCUGAAGAUGCUACAGUGCCAGCAAAGGAAAUGGAAACGAGCACAAUUAAGAAGGUGGUGAAGCAUCAUGGGAAUGUAGACAGCAAGCCUGCAGUCAGUCCCAAAUACUGUCCUGGGGUAAACAACAAGCCCGGUUACCUGUGUGAAACAGGACACUGCUGUGGAGAGACGGGCUGCUGUACCUACUAUUACGAAGUCUGGUGGUUCUGGCUGUUGUGGACAGUACUGAUCCUCUUCAGUUGUUUCUGUGCUUACCGCCACCGCCGGGCCAAACUGAGAAUACAGCAGCAGCAGAGACAGAGAGAGAUAAAUCUAAUUGCAUAUAAUGGGGCAUCCAACUACCCUUCCUCAAUGCUGGACCUCAGUUUUCUGACCUCCCUCAAGCUGCCCACCUAUGAGGAGGUGGCUGCACAGCCCAGCACCCCUCCUCCACCUUACAGCUCCGUCUUUGCUCUCCAGGGUGAUGUAAUGGGGGGUCCCAGCUUUUCUUACCCUCACUCUCAUCAUCACCACCCCUGCAACCCCUGCCCCCCCUACUUGGGCCCCGGCCCGAGCGUCUUGACCUCCUCGCAGAGCUCUGACAACUACACCAGCUGCUCCUGUGAGUCUUGCUCCGUCACCUCCCCCUCCAGCACUUCCUUUUCGGUCCAAGUGACUGAUGAGACAUACGACAGCAGCCACAUCUCAACGCCCAGUGAGGCAGGGGGUAACCUUCCCGACAUGGCAAGAGCCAGAUCUUCUUGCCCGUCCACACCCUCGCCACCUCCUCAGUCGCAGCCUCCUCCUGAUCUUAUUCCUUCAACUACUCCUGAUGUCAUUCCAGUUUGGAGACGUUCCUCUAAUGGCUGUGAAGAGUUAUCCUUCAGCGCACCUCUGUCACUCCCCUUGCACUCGCAUCCAACCCAUCCUUCCCAUUUCCCGCUCUCCCCCCUCGUUUUGAUAUCAUCUGCUCCUCCCGGUCAGGUCUACCCGCCUUUACCUCAAGACCCGCCAUCGGUUCCAAAAUCAGGAGAUGAGACCUCGCCUUACGAUCUGCCCUUAAGCCUCACCCCCUCUCCUCUCACACACCCCCUCCACCUGACAAAGGUGGCUGUCUCUAUGCACGGCAAAAACAAGGAUGUUCAAAACCAAGAAAAGGAAGAAGAGGAGGAGGAGGAAGACGAAGAGGAGGAGGAGGACCAUUUCCAACAUAGGCGCCUCACUGGAGACUCGGGCAUCGAGGUGUGUCGCUGUCAUGUGAAGAGAGAGGAGCAGAAACUGCAGGAUGAGUGCUUGGAAGACGGCAACAAAGACAUCUUAAGAGAAAGGGAAAGAGCAGACAGGAAGAGGGCAGAGGACAGUUCCCAAAAGAUGAGGCCUGCUUUACAGUCACCUCUGGACGGCCAGCUACCCUCACCCUCCUGCAACCCCCACAGUCACGGCGAGGUCCCCCUCUCCGCCCAGACCUCAUAAAUUGAUGGCUAAGGGGGUGUAGGCUGGAAAGGUGAGAGGCUUUAAUAGCACUCUAUAGAUCAAGACAAGUAAGUGAAAACGUUGUAUCACUGAAGAAAAGUCUUGUAGGUUCUGGAGCCGCUGUGAAAGAAGAGCCAGAGGGACAUGAUAGUUUCCGCGGUUCAAGGUCGGAAAAGACCCACAGGAUUUUCUAAUAGAUAUGAGACUUGGACUUGGGCUCGAGUCCCACUUAAGACUUAUGAACAUUUUUCAUCAGUUUAAUCUUUUUAUUAUUUUUUAUUUUUUAGCUCUAAGACAUCACUAUCAUGUCUAAAAUCAAAGCUUCUCUUUACAAAGUUUUUGCAAUGCAGAAACACCAACUUUCCGUUAUUGUGUCCCUACUUGUUAAAGUAGUUCAUUUGCUACAAUAAAAUGUUCUUUUUGA